UCAAAAACAAAUCUUGUGGUUAUUUUUAAUUUUGUAACUUCAAAUGGCUACGGCCUCCCUUUUUGCUUUCAUUUUUCUCUCUCAUCUACGGCUUAUUUACUCAGCUGAAGAUGAUAUCAAAAGCCUACCCACUUGCCCACAGUCCUUCCUCUGCGGAAAUCACAGCCCCAUCCGCUUCCCUUUCACAAAUACCACGUAUGGCCAGUGCGGUAUUGUGAUGGAUUGUGAUCAUCCAGUUCCAAAGGUCCAAGUAGGAAGCCAACACUGGUAUGAUGUUAGUGGCACAAUUGACAAAUUGCUUGAAAUUCAUGAUCCCCUGCUUGAAGAUCACAUAUCUCAUAAAAGAUGUAAUGACACGUUCAGGAAUCUAACUCUUACCGAGUUUCCUUUCGUUUCCUUCACCAUCAAUUCACACAAUCUCAUGACCUUCUUCAAGUGCAACAAUACUCCUCAAACAGAGUAUACUAGUUACAACAAAUGCAAAGGCUACUCAAUUUACUACAAAUAUCCAGAAAAUGAUGCACCUGCACCUGCUAAUCUUCUCCAUGAAUGUUCAGCUAUUCAGCUGCCAAUAUCAUUGUGGCCUAGACUGCCUAGUACUACAAACCCCACAGACCCAUUUUCAAUAUUGACUGCAAAUUUCGGUCUUGAAUUGCAUAUAUCCCAAGAUUGUCUUAAUUGUCAACUUGGGGGAGGCCAAUGUCUAAAUAUCAAUGAAAAGUUCCGAUGCCAAGAGAAGCUGAAAGGUAUGAGUGUUUCUACAGAAAAAAUAAAACAUGGAUUGAUUCUAGGAGCAGGUACAUACCUCCUUAAAUAAUAAUAUUCGCAAGAGAUUAUGCAUGUAUUAAAUAUAAAUAUAUAUAUAUAUAUAUAUAAGUGUGUGUGUUCAGUUUUUCAAGAUUUGUCUGUAAGUUUACUUUGUAACCUUCACCAUAUAAUUUGAGUAAUUGACUUCAAAAACAGACUUACCCAACCAAAAAAGGAAAAUAGGAACACCUGAGUUGAGAAAGAGAGAGUAGAAAUAUUCCAUGAAAACUAUGAAGCACGGACAUCAACACGGGACACGCGUACUGUAUGAUACAGACACAGUGGUACAAUAAAUUUUAAAAUAA